CACCGACUUGCUGGUUGCUCCGAAGAAGAAGGUCCACUCGGGUCCACUGCUCCCUCACUGCACCUACUGUCUGAGACCUAACAAUUAGCUCGUCGUAGUCAGCUUGCUAACAUCACCCUCCUUGUAAAAUAAGGAACCAGAUCCUUUGUUGUAGUUUAUCAGAUAUUCGAAGAUAAAAUGAAGAAGCGGAUACACUUUAGUUUUGUACUGGUUUAUUCGCUCGUUUCGUAUUUCUGUUCGUGCUCGGCGUUUUAUCUUCCGGGUUUAGCCCCUGUGAGUUUUUGUGAAGAAGCUGGUGAAGAUUGCCAGACCUCGAUUCAGCUUUUUGUCAAUCGCCUGGACUCAGUGGAGUCAGUUCUGCCUUAUGAGUACGAUGUGUUUGACUUUUGCAAAGAUGACAAGGAAAUGAGGCCUUCAGAGAACCUUGGACAGGUGCUGUUUGGUGAAAGAAUUGAGUCAUCACCAUACAAGUUCGACUUCAACAAAGAUUUUAGCUGCAGGCCAGUGUGCAUGAAGACGUACAAGAAAGGCAACCAAGAAGAUACGGCCAAACUGGAUUUUCUUAAGAUGGGAAUGCAGUUGAACUAUCAGCACCACUGGAUCAUUGACAACAUGCCGGUGACAUGGUGCUAUGACGUGGAAGAUGGUCAGAAGUACUGCAACCCAGGCUUCCCCAUUGGCUGCCUUGUUACAGUAGAUGGCCGAGUUAAAGAUGCCUGUGUUAUCAAUGCUGAGUUCAACAAGAAGAACACGUUCUACGUCUUCAACCAUGUGGACAUCAAGAUCACAUACCACAGUGGAACAAACGAGGGAUGGAGAGGGGCUCGGCUGGUUGCUGCCACCCUGGAACCAAAGAGUAUCAAACAUAUCGAUGAAAAAAACCCAACCUGUGAAGGAGGUAGCCCGAUGGAGGUCCCUGGACAGUUUGAUUCUGACGUGUCAAUUGGUUACACCUACUCUGUCAAAUUUGAGCAAAACAAUUCUAUCAAGUGGGCCUCUAGAUGGGACUACAUCCUGGUCUCCAUGCCUCACACCAACAUCCAGUGGUUUAGCAUCAUGAACUCUUUGGUCAUUGUCCUCUUCCUGUCUGGCAUGGUUGCCAUGAUCAUGCUGAGAACCCUGCACAAGGACAUUGCCAGAUACAACCAGGUGGACCAGGGAGACCUCAUAAAGCUUCCAACGACCAAGGAUAAAUCCUCUCUACCAUAUGAGGACGCCCAGGAGGAGUCAGGCUGGAAGCAGGUGCACGGAGACGUGUUCCGUCCCCCGAGGAAAGGGAUGCUGCUCUCUGUGUUCCUUGGACAGGGCACACAAAUCUUCAUCAUGACCUUCACUACUCUCUUUCUGGCCUGUUUGGGCUUCCUGUCACCGGCCAACAGAGGGGCUCUCAUGACGUGUGCCGUGGUCCUGUGGGUUCUGCUGGGUACACCUGCUGGCUAUGUGUCUGCACGUCUUUACAAAACUUUUGGAGGUGAAAAGUGGAAGACAAACGUCUUGCUGACAGCACUUCUGUGCCCAGGCAUCGUGUUUGCAGACUUUUUCCUGAUGAACCUGAUCCUAUGGGUGGAGGGUUCCUCAGCAGCAAUCCCCUUUGGCACUCUGGUGGCCAUUUUGGCUCUGUGGUUUGGAAUCUCAGUGCCUCUCACCUUCAUCGGCGCCUACUUUGGAUUCAAGAAACCUGCGAUUGAGCAACCAGUGCGAACAAACCAAAUCCCCCGUCAGAUUCCUGAGCAGUCCUUCUUUACUAAACCCAUCCCCGGUAUCGUAAUGGGUGGAAUCCUUCCGUUCGGCUGCAUCUUCAUCCAGCUCUUCUUUAUUCUCAACAGCAUCUGGUCUCAUCAGAUGUACUACAUGUUUGGGUUCCUGUUCCUGGUUUUCAUUAUUCUCCUCAUCACCUGCUCCGAGGCCACGAUUCUGCUCUGCUACUUCCACCUAUGUGCCGAGGACUACCACUGGUGGUGGCGCUCCUUCCUCACCAGCGGCUUCACGGCCGUCUAUCUGUUCAUCUACGCCGUGCAUUACUUCUUCUCAAAGUUGCAAAUAAUCGGAGCGGCCAGUACAAUUCUCUACUUCGGGUACACCAUGAUCAUGGUUCUCAUCUUCUUCCUCUUCACAGGUACAAUUGGCUUCUUCGCUUGCUUCUGGUUUGUAAACAAGAUCUACAGUGUGGUCAAAGUGGACUAGAUGACUUGGGGAAAGACUAACUUCCUGGCUUUCACAGCGCUGGCCUCCUCAGUGCUGGACGUGUGAUUUAAUGGUCUUUUUGGAUCUGAACUGAAACCAUCAUUGAUCAUAAGAAAAACCUGAAGAGCAGAGCCCCGUCCUCUUGUGCUUUAAACCUCUGUUGCUAUUUACUUUUCUUUUUAAAUAUACAUAAUUUGGUGUUCACUGUUGACCAGUAAUAUCUUGAAAGGCGCCGUAAAAAUCAGCGUGGGUGCCAAUGGUCUAGUUGUCAUAGUGAGCAGUUUGUUUGUUGGAAUGUUUUUACUUUAAUUUUCUAAAGAAGGUAAAAUGCCCUGUAUUUUGCUUUUCUAUUCCCUUCUGGCUAAAUGUUUUGUUUUUCAUUACUGUACUGUAAUAAUAAAAAAAAUGUGUGUACAUAUACUGUAUAGAGAGAAGGAGAGAGAUUGAGAGAGUACUACUUUAAGAUUAUCACCAUGGGAGUUUUUCUUUCUCUUUUUGUUUUUAAGGUAAAAUGGGUCUAUAAUCCCUUAAAUAUCAGCCUGUAUUGUAGUUCAGAAAUUAUAUAAAAACCGACAUUGCUAUGA